AUGGCUAUGACCCAUUAUCGAAUCUGGUUUACUAGUGCAGUUGUUUUUAAUCACAAUAUACUACCCCAACCAAAGAACGUCAUUGAUCAUAAACCAAAGGAUUUCAGAACAAAACUAAACGACAGAGAAAUAGAAACCAAAGAAAGAAGAACCAUACACGGGUAUACUCCUGCCAAGUCAAUAAAAGCCCCAUAUCUGAUGGUGCUACACCAUGGGAGAGCUAUCAGACUCAGUUUGAAACACUCAGCUACAGGUGGAGCGCAAGAAAACAUCGACGGCAUUUUGAAGCAGUAUAUGACACUAGAAUCUGCAAAGCUAAUGUUGAAGAAAGACACAAAAAUACGGCAAAUCCACGAAGAGAAUGAGUGUCGAAGAAUUCUCAACAACAGAAGACUACAAAUCACCAGAAUGUUAGAACUGUGGAUAAAAGGGCAUAUCAUGAAGUAUUUUAAGAGGCCCCAGAGAAGUAACGCCUGUCGAGGGAACGAUAAGGAAAAACCGACUUUCGAAAAAAAUGCCAGCGCAACGUCUGCAGCUAACACGUCGAAAAACUAG